AUGACUUCCUCACCAGUAUUUGAGUGGCAUCCUGCAAGGUAUCUGCAGGCCAGUGACUUGGCAGACGACUUUGCUUUGCUUGUGCUCAACCAGCCGCUGAAAAAUGGCACCAGCUUGCGAAAGCUAUGGAAUAAUGCAUCAGUGAGAGUGGCUGCCGAUGGCGGUGCGAACCGCUUAUAUGAGCUCUCCUCGUUCCAAGGCAAAUUCUCCAACCUACAAGCCAUCAUCGGCGACCUGGACUCGCUGACACCCAUCGUCCGCGAAUUUUACUCGUCGCAGCCGCAGCCCGCCCAGGUCAUCCACGACCGCGACCAGGAGAGCAGCGAUUUUGGCAAGGCCAUCAAAUGGAUCCGCGACUCGUACAAGAUGGACAUUGUCGCCCUCGGCGGCAUCGGCGGCCGCGUCGACCAGGGCAUCAGCCAGCUGCACCACCUGUACCUCUUCCAGCCCGGCACCGGCUACGACGAGGGCCGCAUCUUCCUGCUGUCCGGCUCCAGCCUCACGUUUCUGCUCAAGACGGGCCGCCACCUCAUCCACGUCCGCGAGGACGGCGAGCACGACGUCUUUGCCAAGCACGUCGGCAUCGUGCCUCUGCGCGAGCCCAGCCACAUCACCACCCGCGGCCUAGAGUGGGACGUGACCGACUGGAUGAGCCAGAUUGGCGGCAAGAUCAGCACCAGCAACCACAUCCUGCCCGGCACCAAGCAUAUUGAGAUUGAAACGACCAAGGAUGUGCUCUUUACCAUUGCACUUCGACAGGUGGACAGCGAGGACGACAGUUGA